AUGCUUCAGGAAGGUGCACACGGAAAAUGGACAGUAUCUAGCAGUGACGAAAGUACAGAGGAAAAUUCUGAUAGUGAAAAACCAUCUACAUCUUCAGUAUUGGAUGCUGCACGUGGCAGAACAAAUGGGCCACAAUAUCCGUGCUCUGAAGCUAGGAAAGCUGCUCACAAGAGAAAAGCUUCUCCCCUGAAGCUCGGUGAUAAAAAAUUUUCUACAGAUACACCUCCAGCAGAAAAACAGAGAACUAGCCAAGAAGGCUUAGGCUGGUGUCUUUCUAGUAGCGAUGAAGAGCCUGAAGAUCAGGAAAAGCAUGCCCACAAAGAAACACUGAAAGAAGAAAAAGAUGAUGCACCCAAAGAACAUCCUCUGAAUCUUUGCAAAGAUGAUGAACUCUCAGAGAAUCAGAAAGCAGAGGAGUAUUGUGAAGCAUCCAGUGAAGCCCAAGAUACCUGGGAUUUGUUGAGUGGAGGAAACCCUUUCAGGUUUUUUCUCACUAAAGUCAGAGGAAUUGAACAGAGUUAUAAUUCUGGAGCCAUGCACAUAAAAGAUAUUUUGUCUCCUCUUUUUGGGACUCUCAUAUCUUCUGCCCAGUUUAACUACUGUAUAGAUGUGGGAUGGCUUGUAAGACAGUACCCGCAGGAAUUCAGGAAGAAGCCAUUGUUGAUAGUUCAUGGUGAAAAGAGAGAAUCCAAAGCUGAACUGCUUGCACAAGCACGCCCUUAUGAGAACAUUAGCUUUUGUCAGGCUAAACUGGAUAUUGCAUUUGGAACUCACCAUACGAAAAUGAUGUUGUUGUUAUAUGAAGAAGGUCUUCGAGUUGUGAUACAUACUUCCAAUCUUAUUGCUGAAGAUUGGCACCAGAAAACUCAGGGAAUAUGGCUAAGCCCGUUAUAUCCAAGGCUACCUCAGGGAAGAUCUGCUUCUGCUGGUGAAUCUGAAACUAAUUUUAAGUCUGACCUAAUAAGUUACUUGAUGGCUUACAAUUCUCCUACACUCAAGGAGUGGAUUGAUCUGAUUCAAGAACAUGAUUUAUCAGAGACAAGAGUAUAUCUGCUUGGGUCUACCCCUGGACGGUAUCAAGGUAGUGAUAAAGAAAAGUGGGGUCAUCUUAGGCUCAGAAAGCUGUUGAAAGAGCAUGCUUCGUCAAUACCAGCACGGGAAUCCUGGCCUGUUGUUGGACAGUUCUCAAGCAUUGGUUCAAUGGGAGCUGAUGGGUCCAAAUGGCUGUGCUCAGAGUUCCAGGAGAGCCUGAUGGCUGCAGGCAGCAGUGUGACCACUCUCCUUAAAUGUGAUGUUCCAGUUCAUUUGAUUUAUCCUACUGUGAACAAUGUGAGGCAGAGUCUGGAAGGCUAUCCCGCUGGUGGCUCACUCCCGUACAGUAUACAGACAGCACAGAAACAGCUGUGGUUGCAUUCCUAUUUUCA